CAGCAUCCGGCUAAUUAUUUUCUUCUUGAAAUAUUUGGCGGUUUGAAGAAGACAUUCAUCGAAGUUGGCAUGCGUAAUAUCGAGUAACUACAUAUGUAUGGUGUACAUGCUUUAAUUUUUACGGCAAUUGUAUUUGUAUCAUUUGUUGAAAUUCGACGACGGUAACGUUAGUUACUAUCGCUAGCUAUGUUCGCUUUCUGCCCAACUAACGUUAACUAGCUAGACAAUUUAGUUAGCUACCGUUAAUUUAGUUGCAUCGUAUGUUUCAGUCUUCUGCUAGCUAGCAGUUAGAUAACUUUUAGAUCUUAAAACUGUCAGCUUGCUGGAAGAAUGUCGACUCUUCAGAGAACGAACGGCAAAUAUCUGUGGUGGUCUCUUGUGGGUCUUGGAUUUCAACCCGAAGUCGCAGCAUCAUCAGGAGCCAGCAAAGCCAAUGUCAAACACAUGAUUCUUGGACCCAAUAUGUUUGACAAACCAAACAAGGACGCAUUCUACAUAGUUACCCAUUUCCUGUUAGAAAAACUCAACCCUGCACGCUUCCACGAUGCAUACAGGCAUUGCUGGCCAGUGUUGGACCACAAAGCAGAUGCCGAAUUCCGUAAGGUGACCUGUGCUUGGCUGCGAGAUCUAAUGGAUGAGCAGGGGAGCACAGUUCCCAAAGUGGUGGCGUCACUAUUCCUCUCGCCUGGUGGACCCAAGUUCGUCAACCUUAUGCUCCAUCUAGCCAAUCAUGUCAUGUUGCAUGAGAUGAAGACAUUUUCAACAGAUGGCACGUGGGUCCCAGAGGCAGCGGCAGCCCCUGCCUCUUCUGUGGAAAUGGCGCUGAAGCGGUUUCAGCUGAUCAAGACCAGAUUCCUGAGAGGAGCUGUGGAACAGGACCGGAUGCUGCAGGAGUACCAGAGACAGGCCCAGUCAAGAGUGAAGUCUUUGAGAGAUUGGAGGGCUGAAGAUGCAAAGUAUGAUGAUUUGCACAAGCGUCACAAGAAAGUUGAACAGGAGGGAACCCCUCAAGCUGACAAGAUUCAGAAGGUUCGCUCCUUGUGGUCGUCCAUGGACGGAGUGCUGUCCACCCUGGAGGAGGCGCGGCGGGUGGUGGAGAGUGUCAUCAGGGGAGAUGUGGACCAGUACACCCUGGAUGGGACGGACCUUGCCCUCAAAAUCCCCCGGGUUCUGCUAGAGCGGAUAGAGCAGUUAUCCCACCUGUCGAGUGUGGGCGGUGUUUACGAGGCAGGCCAGCUGAACAUCCUCCGUAUGCUGGAGCUGCUCCACCAGGCUCUGGUCCUCCUAGGGGAGGAAAGGACCCGGGUGGCAGGACACACCCCCAUCGCCCAGCUCCACCCCUUGCACCUGCAGGAGAGGAACCUACAGAUGGCCCGCGCCAUUGAGGAUCUCCGAGUCAUGAGGAAGAGGAUUUCAAAGGAAGAAAUUCCAGAGGUGAAGAGACUCAUCAGAAAGUUGGAGGCGGAGUGGGAGCGGAAGUGGGCGGACUGUUUGAAACGCACGCCGCUGACCUCGUUCCUCAACGAGGAUCCUGCCCUGGAUUUUCUGUUCCCCAUGGCUCCUCUGUCCUUUGAGCCGGCCACCGACGCCAGCUUCAAAUCCAGCAUCUUCUCUCAGUAUCCGGCCAAGCUACCCAAAUUUCCUGAGGAGAAGCCUGUGGCGACUGACUCUGUUCCAAUGGAGACCGUUACCACAGUGGAUUAUACCCUCAAAAGGUCUCUUUUUGACAGCCUUUGCCCUCCAGCUGUUGAGAUGAUUUCAUAUCUUCCUAGUGUGGACAUUUUCCCACUGACUCCCCUCCCUGCACUUCGUGAAUCUCCUCUGGCUGUCCCUGCCAAAGCUCCCUCACCAAGCCACCUGCCGGCCAGUGUAAGGAAGACUCCUCGUGUGUUUGCGGUGAAGAAAAAGGCUCAGAUCCUUGACUCUGAGUUUGACAACUUAGCAAAUCGGUUUGCGGAGGCUGUGACCACCAGCCCUGGCAACAUAAGUUUACGAGGACUUGAGCUGGGAGACCUACUCCAUACUCUUGGCGAAGACCCUUUCUCCACCAGGAAGCAGAUUCCACGUACCCCAGAGAGUUUGAUUUUGGAUGUGAAGAGUUCCUGGCGAAGGGCAGUGAAGGAAGGCAGGCCUUUUGAGCCUCCCCUGUCUGCUACGUUUGACUGCGACAACAUUCUCGGGUGCCUCAUGCCCCUCAGCGAGGUACAUGAGGCCUCCCUUGGCCAUGACUUUACCUCCCUGAACACAAGUCUGAAUCCCACCAACGGGUGCAGUACUGCAGCCCCCCAGCAGGCUUCCCUCAUGUCCACCCUGUCCUGGGACUCCUCCAAUAUGGAGGCCCUCAAUAGCCUGAGCAACAGCGACGUGGUCCAGUUCAGCAUCAACCAAGAGGUGUUCCCCGAGCAGUUCAGUAUAGAUCAGGAGACACUUCCUGAGCUGCCGGGCAACGACAGCAGCCUCCUGACCUCCAUUAACUCCAUGGACAUAUCCAACACCGAGGAGGAAGAGCUGCUCCUCCCCCACAUCCCAUAUCUCCUCACCACAGAGACUGAGCCAGCCCUGCUGGACGCACGCAGGCGUUUGGACAACAUCCAGCAGGCUUUUGGAGAGGCCUCCUUCAUGGACCACCGCCAGGGGGCGCCAGAGCCCUCUCCCUCACAGCAUGACAAGAAGAGCCUGGACACUAGUGACUGGCUGAUGGCAGCAACACUGGAGACUGCAGCCACAGUGGAAGUGACAGACAAGGUCUUUUCCCUGGAUCUGGACACUCUAGAGAGCCCCUCACCGCCAAGAACAGGGCAGUAUAACCUCCCGCAAUUGUUCACAUUCUCCCCCAUAGAUGACCUGUAGUGUCACCACAUUUAUAUAUUUUCUGAGCAGUCUUCUAGUUUCUUACUUUUUCACAAUUAAGGUUAACUAAUUUCAAUGCACAUGCAAUUAAAAUAUUUGUACAUAUCUGUGCCAAUCUAACAUGGUCUGUUUUUCCUAUAGAAACAAGUUAAAUAUUAUUUUUAAUGUCUAAAAUGACAUAUGAUGGGUGAGAAUAAACAAACAUGAAUUGUAUAUUGUUAAAUGAAUUAAAUUCUUACCAAUGUCAAUCAG